AAAUACCCCCUACUUUCUCUUUCUCAUCACUCUUUCUUCACUGCAGACUCACACAGCAGCUCUGAACCUUCUCAUUUUCAACAACAGAAACUAUGGUCUUCGCUGUGCUUUCAAGGGUCCUUCUUGGGAUUGUGUUGCUUUCUGAUAUUCAAAGUGUGUCGAAUGAAGAGGUGGACAUAAACACUCUCGCCAGCAUUCGAAGAUAUUUAACUUUGAAUUAUGGAGUUUCCGUACAGUAUGCCAUCAAUGUCCCGAAGGAGCAGUGUCGAAGAGGUUUCAUCCCAUCAUCAUUUAACUUUCUGACAACAGACAUGUCAAGUGAUGUUAAGCCUUACUUUCAACAUGAGAGUAAAGAAGUCUACCAAGGCACUGAACUCACGGCUGCAGUGGUUCGUAGAGAUGCACUUUAUGAGCAUUUACUGAUGAAUCCUCCAAAUAAUUCUCCUUUGACACACUUGCUGAAUAAAAGGAAUGACGGCUGUGUGGUUUUCUACACUUAUCGGUUCUCUCCCUGUGUAGACGGAUGUCUUAACAGUAGCGUUAUAACUGCAGGUCUUCAAGAAUUACAGAAUUAUCAGGGAAUGAAAGCCUUUGUUUACACACAUAUCCAUAAAGAAGAUCAGAACUACCAAAACCUACUUAAUGAAAUGAAAAAGAUUGCUGAUCGUGUGCCACUUUACCAAUGUCGUGGACGUAGUUGUAUGCCUUGUGGAAACAAUAUGAGAAGCCUUUGUUUAAGAUAGGUUCACCCUGUUGAGUUUCUUCAGUGCUUUAACUGAUGUGUGCUUCUGCGGUGGAGUUUCUGAAUCUGCCGAGACUUUUGAUGAUACAUUUCAGUGCUCAAAUGAUCAGUUUAUACUCUGCCUUUUGCUUUUUCAUUUAACAAACUUAAUAAUGAGUGAAUUCUUUUAGGGGAGAAUACCUCUGUCUCUUUUAUUUGAUUAAAAAAUGUGAGGUUCUAACACUCUCAGAAAUGAAGGUACGCGAGCUGUCACUGGGGUGGUACCUUUUCAGAAGGUACGUUUGUACUUAAAGGGUACAUAUUGGUACAUCAAAUGUAUAUAUUAGUACCUACAAUUUUAAGAGGAACACUUUUGUACUUUUAAGGUGCUAAUAUGUAGCCUUGAGGUAUUAAUAUGGAUCUUUUAGGUACAAAAAUUUGUACCUUUUGAAAAGGUAUCACUCCAGUGACAGCUCGCAUACCUUUAUUUCUGAGAGUGUCUCAUGAAUUCUGAUCACAGUGUAUUUUGAUCAUCUGUUUUUAAAAUGCUUUUUUAUUCAUGAUUUUGGUAACAAUAUUUAUGGCUUUUGCUGCUUGGAGAAAUAAACUUAUACUCACCAUA